UUUCCAGAUUAUGAUGCUGUGCUGACAGAGGCUGGGGAUUACACCGCCAAGUACUUCAAACUUCGCAAGCUUUUUUCCAGCAUGAUAGAGACUCCUCUCCCUCCGCCUCCGAUAAUUUCGCAUAAAGCGUCCUACGGGGCCAUCCUGAUGCAGCAGUACAUCUCACUGUGGGAACUAUUGUCGGGAAUGGAGAUUGUGAAGUCAGAAUACCCCAUUAACAUGGAGAACCUGCCAAUAAAUAAUGGCAAUGGACAGGCGUAUGGCUACACCCUCUACGAGACCGUCAUCCUUGGUGGAGGGACCCUGAAUUCACAUGAUUACAUCCGGGANGAUGCUCCAGAGGGAUAUAGGCAGCUGCAAAUCUUAGUCGAGAACUCCGGGAGAGUCAACUAUGGACUUAAUCUGAACAACCAGCGGAAAGGCUUAAUUGGCGACAUUGUUUUGAACAAAACCUCCUUGAGAAACUUCAAGAUUUACAGCCUUGAAAUGAAACCCAGCUUCAUGGAAAGUCUGCGUGGAACAUCUCCUUGGAGUGCCAUCCCGGACAGCGCGGUGGGCCCCGCCUUCUUCCGAGGGACACUCCAAGUACAGUUUGUGCCCCAGGAUACCUUCCUGAAGCUCGAGGUAAGUUGUUGACAGGUUCACCAGAGCCGUAAGAAGAGAUGUACAGGUGUAGGAUGAAUGUAGAUCAGUUCGGUUUGGAUUUACCUGAGCCUGCUUCCUAGAUGAAAUGGCUGUGAAUUGGGAUAAUAUCAGUGUUCCAAA